AUGGGUUUGGGCAAGAUGUCUGUUCGUAUAAGGGGUGCCGACUGUGGUAUCGAGGCGAUAAUGUUGGGAUGCGUAACCUCUAUUGGCGGAGUAGAACUAUCAGAGCUAACUUUACUCGAUUCUACUGGUCAAAUCUCGUCUAUGCUUCUCUUCAGAGACUUCAUCAACCGAUUCGGGCAGAGGCAGGCGGAUGGUACAAUGGGCUGGGAUAGCACCAUCCAGUCGCUCGUUGUGUCUACCAUGAGUCUUGGAACACUUGUUGGUGCACUGAGCGGUGCCUACACUGCAGAUUGGUGGGGACGACGUCGCAGUUUGUCCUUUGGUGUAUUGAUAUUUGUCAUCGGAAACAUCAUUCAGAUCACGGCCAUGAACUCUUGGGUCCAUCUCAUGGUUGGCCGUAUCGUUGCUGGACUCGGCGUAGGCAAUCUCUCUAUCGGAGUUCCCAUGUUCCAGUCUGAGUGCUGCCCGCGAGAAAUUCGUGGCGCAGUCGUAGCCUCCUACCAACUCAUGAUCACUAUCGGAAUUCUCGUGUCGAACGGUAUCAACUUCGGCGUCCGCGACAACCCUGGACAAGAUUCUGACGCUAGUUGGAGAAUCGUCAUCGGUCUAGGAAUCGGCUUUUCUCUACCAUUGGGCAUCGGCAUUCUCUUCUCUCCUGAAUCUCCUCGCUGGUUGGCUGGACGCGGUCGCUGGGAAGACGCCCGGAUGGCGUUGGCUCGUCUGCGAGGUCUGAAAGACGACCCCACCAACACACUCGUCAACGAUGAUUUCAAGGAGAUGCAGGAUAGCAUCGCAGAGCAGUCCAAGGCUGGGGAUAGCACCUGGGCGGAGAUUUUCACCGGUUCCUCUGGACUUGCUCGUAUCGUUUACCGUACCGUGCUCGGCUGCGCACUGCAAUUUCUUCAGCAGUGGACCGGCGUCAACUACUUUUUCUACUAUGGUGCAACUAUCUUCUCGUCUGCCGGUAUCGAAGACCCCAUUCAGAUGCAGCUUAUUCUCGGUGCUGUCAAUGUGGCCAUGACGCUGCCAGGCCUUUACCUCGUUGAACGUGUCGGUCGUCGAGUUCCAUUAGUCAUAGGUGGCCUUUGGCAAGCGGGCUGGCUACUUGUCUUUGCCAUAAUUGGUAUUGUUCGCCCCCCAACAGAGCAUCCCAGCUCUGGAAUUGUCAUGAUUGUCUGUGCCUGCAUGUUCAUUGCAUCUUUUGCCAUGACAUGGGGCCCAUAUAUAUGGGUAGUCAUUGGUGAGACUUUCCCUCUACGAACUCGUGCCAAGCAGGCAUCGCUUGCGACAGCUUUCAACUGGCUUGGUAACUUCCUGAUUGGUUUCCUCACUCCCUACGCCAAUGACGGUAUGGGAUACGCCUACGGCUUUGUUUUCUUCGGCUGCAAUUUCGUAGCUGCAGCCGUCGCCUACUUCUUCCUCUUCGAGACGAAAUCUUUGUCACUUGAGAACGUCGACAUGAUGUACUCCGACACUACUCUCACCGCUCUCUCUAGCAAGAAGUGGGUCCCACCGGGUUAUAUUAGCCGCAACGAGCGUGACGAGGCCUACUGGCAUCGUCGCCCGUCCAUCUUGGACGAGGGCUCUGGUACAAAUGCCGCAGGCGGACCCAAGUCAGUCGACGAGAAAUACGAUGACAAGGACGAGAAUUCUCCGAAUCGCAACAUGUCGAUGCACCGCGAGACUAUCGGUGAUGAGAGGAGGGUUUGA